AUGAGGAAGUGCUAUAGACUGUAACAGCAUCUAAACGAGUGAAGAGGAGGACAGAUCUGAACGAAACCCAGGCGGAUCUCUGAAUAUUUUACAGGGUAUAUUAUGUGCCUUAUAGAGUCAGUAUUCCCGCAGCAGUAGGUAGGGUAGGUAGUGUUAUGGAGAGAAAAGCUGAGGAGAAUAGGAAAGAGGAGGCGGGCUAGACAGUCUGGCGGACAGGUGCAACUCCACUGUCUCUCUGGUUUUCGCUCAAUCCGAUAAAACCAACGUGAAACCAUGGAUUCGCGAAAAGAAAACAAGGGAAGAAAACAGCCAAUGAAGCCUAACAAGCGCAAGGAGAAUAAACAAAAAACUGGAAGAUUUAUACGGAGGAAAUCUCUGCGCUCGCUGGGUAAUUUUAUGGGUAGGGUCCUUAAAACUUUAGGCACUUUAGCGCACUUUGGCGAUCACGCUGACACGCAAGAAGGUGAGGAUGACGACGGUGGAUUCGGACAAAGCGGGACGGGGGGAUUUAAGGACUCACACACUACUUCCAGGGAAUGUAACAAUACGCUGAAGAAAAGCAGCACCGCCGCGUCCUCAACAUCUCAGGGCUCAGUCAAAGAGCGCCUCUCGCUGUGCUACGGUGACAAGACCCCGGGCGUGCAGGGGCUCAAGAACCACGGGAACACCUGCUUCAUGAACGCCGUGGUCCAGUGCCUUAGCAACACCGACCUGCUGGCGGAGUACCUGGGGCUCGAGCAGUACAAGACGGACGUGGGGGGCCAGAGGAGGGUGAACGGGGGGGUGGACGCGGAGGAGGACCAGUGGAGCGCACGGGACGCGAGGGGAGAGGUGACUGAGCAGCUGGCCUCUCUGGUGCGGGCGCUGUGGACUCUGGAGUACACCCCACAGCUGUCAGUGGAGUUCAAGAGCAUAGUGGCAAAGUACGCCUCUCAGUUCCGGGGAAAUUCUCAGCACGACGCUCUGGAGUUCCUGCUCUGGCUCCUGGACAGAGUUCACGAAGAUGCCAAUCCCAGCCACAACAAUAACAACAGCAGCGGCAACAGCAGUACCAAGGUCAAGAGCAACUCAAAGGGGCCCAGUUCGUUGGAGGAGUCCCUUCCUCAGCAGCCGAGGGGACGCCACAGUUUUGUCCAAGAACACUUCCAGGCCCAGUACAGGUCCUCUCUGACGUGCCCUCAUUGCCUUAAGCAGAGUAACACCUUUGACCCGUUCCUCUGUAUCUCUCUGCCCAUCCCGCUGCGCCAGACCAGGCCACUGUGUGUCACCCUUGUCUUCAGCACAAAGGGUCAGAGGUAUGUGCGUGUGGGGCUGGCCGUGCCUUUGUUUGGGUCCAUCUCCUGCCUGAGGAGCAUGGUGGCUGAGGAGGGCAACCUCUCACCAGAUCAGGUGAUCCUGUCUGAGCUGUACUCCACUGGGUUCCAGCGCUCCUUCUCAGAUGACGAUGACCUGACAGCCAUCGCUGACAGUGAUGUGGUCUAUGCCUUUCAGGCUCCUCCCAUUUAUAACCGCUCUGGCUCCACAUCAGUCUCAGGGUACCACCAUAGCCUCCCCUCCUCUCCUUAUUCUUCUGGCUCCGAUGGACAGAGGUUUCCUUCAUCUGGAGCUGUAUCUUCUGAAUAUCUAAACCACAGUUCAUCCAGUAAAGUCCUGCUGCUGAUCUGUAACACAGCUGGAUCUGGACAGCAGGCCAUCAGGUUUGGCCCUCCGUUUCUCAUGAGGGAGGACAGGAGCAUCUCGUGGGAGCAGCUGCAGCAGAGCAUUCUGAGCAAGCUGUAUUAUCUGAUGCUGAACGGGUCCCAGGCGCAGAAUGCUGGAUUGCUGUUUAAGAUCAGAGUUGUGGGGGGAUCUUCAUCUUAUAGCUACCUUUCACCACAGGAUAAUAAGCCGUUGUUCCAUCCAGCUGUUGACAGAGCUCUGAAGUUUUGUGGCCCCGGUGGACCUCCCCAUGUGAAACUUGUCAUCGAAUGGGAUUACAAGACUAAAGAAUGUUUGUUUGGGAGUAUUCAGGAGGAGGUGGUGAAGGAUGCCGAGAGUGUGAGGGCCCAACAACAGCAGCAUCUGCACCAGCACACAUGUACCCUGGACGAAUGCUUUCAGCUCUACACCAAAGAAGAACAGCUGGCACCAGAUGAUGCGUGGAAGUGUCCUCACUGUAAACAGCUGCAGCAGGGCAUGGUGAAGAUGAGUCUGUGGACCCUGCCCGACAUCCUCAUCCUUCAUCUCAAACGCUUCCGACAGGUGGGAGAGAGGAGGAACAAGCUGACCACCCAGGUGCACUUCCCCCUGUGUGGGCUGGACAUGGCUCCUCACGUGGUCAAGAGGAGUCAGAGCAUGAAGAACUUGAACAGCGGACCCUGGCCAUCGUCAUGGAGACAGAGCCAACAGCCCAGCGACCUGACCCUGCCACACGACUACCUGUACGAUCUGUAUGCCGUGUGCAACCACCAUGGAGGCAUGCACGGGGGACAUUACACAGCGUACUGUCGAAACUCAGUGGAUGGGCAGUGGUACAGCUACGAUGACAGCAGUGUGGAUCUGGUCCCUGAAGAAGAAGUUUGCACGAGAGGAGCUUACAUCCUGUUCUACCAGAGAAGGAAUAAUAUACCUCCAUGGUCGGCGAGCAGCUCUGUCAGAGGCUCUACAAGUUCCUCCGUGUCCGACCACUGGCUGAUCCGUUUGAAUGGGGACAGUAAGAGAGGGAGUCUUGUGUCUCGCUCGUCCACUGCCUGUCCAUCUUCUUUACCAGACUCUCCUGUGUCUCCUGUCUUCUCUGACAGUGGCUCCAAGGAAGAAAGAGGUGGAUUUGAGAAGAGACCGUUUGUGCGUGGUCUCCAGGGUCGAAGUGUAAGCAUGAGAGCCCCGAGCAAAACCAAGGACACGUUGAGCAAAGUUCUUCCUCUGCGCUGGUCCCUGGGCUCCAAAGACCGACGAAAACCUGAACCGGCGCCCCCUGCAGUCCAGGACCCUGCACCGGUGGAGCUGGUCCAGUAUCUAGAAUCUGGGAGACGCCCAAAAUGCACAAAAGACCCCAUAGAGUCCCUGAUGACUGGACCACCCAAUUCAAGAGAAGGUGCUCAAGGGCAGGCGGCAGGUGGCCGGUCCUCCAGCGUGGCGAGCAUGAGCUGUCUGGCUAAAUCAAGAGAGGAUUUAGUGUCUGAUUCUCCACAGGUACCCCAGGGUCAGCGCAGGCCUUCUGAGAAAACAGGAAGUCUAAGACGCUCCAAAAAGGAUCCACCCAGAGAUGAGCCAACCACUAUUAGCAGUAGUCAUAGUAGCAACACACUGACCAGAAGGAAGGACUCAAAGAAAUACAGCUCCUCCAAAGACACUGAGAGCAGGAGGGGCAGUGCGGUACAGCAGAGCUACAGCACUCCCACCCUACACGAGGGCACUUUGGGACGGAGCAAAGGUGAAAAGUCAGACAGGCGCAGUGUUAAUGAAGGACACUCAAAAGUGAAAGGAGAUGCAUCCAAGAACCAAGAAGGGCUACUGUCUUUCCUCAAGGGUAACUUCUUAAAGAAAGACCCGAAAAAGUCCAAAGAUGGAGACUCGAGGAAGGUAGAGGAAGGAGGUAGAAGGACUUCGUCUAGAUUGUCUUUGUCCAAUGGAGCGCCUGGAGGUGGGGCAGUCGAUAAAUCCAGACCAAAUACUUCCAGUGCUGUGGGAGGGGAGCUCGCAAACGGAAAACCAGGAAGGGCGUCAGAGAUCAAGCGUUCCCAAAGCUCAUCCAACAUUCCCACUAAAGCAGAGCAGAGUGUGAGGAGGACAGCUUCACUGCACCGUAACGGGAUGACAUCCAGUGGUCUGGCCCCCUCCCGCAACCAAACCACGGACAAGUCUUCAUACGGGACCUUCCAGAGAGCUAGGUACAGCACAACCUCCCUGGGCAGAAAAAGGACAGUCCCAGAGUCCAGUUUUUAGUAACGUAGCUUUGAUCACAUAUAGCCUUUUUUUCAUCUUGUCUACAGGUGAAAGCAAUAGAGCGCAGAGGUGCACCUUUUUACAUGGACUUUGGAAGGAAGAACACAGGGAUCCACAGUAUGGAGCAGACAGAACAAUGAAAACUGCACAUUUAAGUGGAAAAGUUAUUCCAUCUCUCUUUGUUUUUUAUAGUGUUCAUUAUUCACACAUUGAUUCUUUAAUAGGGGUGGGACAAGGCACAAUUUCCACAAGAUGAAAAGCAACAUUGGAUCCACAAGAAUGAGAAAAGAAGAGUUUUUUUACAUAAUUUCUAAUGUACAUAGUGCAAUUAUUUCCCACAAAUUCAGUUCAGAAUUUGUAUUUACUUUACCAUUUCAUUUUGUUGUCAUUCCAGCAGUGUAGCUAUUUGGAGCUUCUCUAAAGGUGCAACUCACCAGCACCUGAAAAAAAAAAUAAUAAUAAUUCUAAUGUGAAAAAUCUUGUGGCAUGAGAUCUUGUCCCAUCCCUUCUCUGUACCUGUCCCACACUGGGUAAAAGUGCCUGAACUAUAUUCUUUUUGACCAAUGACUAAUGGCCUGUCUAACACUAGAACACACAUUUUACACUCUGUAAGCCACAUGUAUAGUAGAAUACUCAUAUUUACUUUUCUAUUUUUAUAUAAAAAGUUAAAGAACAGAAGAACAGCUAAGAACAAGAUAUCCAGCUCUAAAAAAUAAAUAUUAGCAUUAUUUGUUUUUUUAGAGCGUGGCAUUAUUUAAAUCUACACUUAAAUGUAUUACAAUUGUCUAAUACCAUCUUCAUAUCUUCACAGUAACACCAAAACAUGUCAUACACAGGCCUAUAAUGAAAUGCAAAAUGUACUUUGAUGUGUGGUUAUAAAACAUACCAGACAGUAGGAAUACAUUGCUACAAAUAUAAUUCUGGUAUGGGGAUGGUAGCAGCUUCGAUCCAGGUUUCGGUUUCUCAUUACAUGGAGCCAUUUUGAGGACGGUUGUGUUGUUAACUACAAUGGCAACAGUCCUAACUUUUCAUCAUUCUAAAACUCAUGGAUAUUCUGUUUGGGCCUAUAAAUGAAGGUGAUUUUUUUUAAUUAAUACAAAUCUGUUCCAUAGUUAAUUGGAAGAUAAAGAACAGUUACAUAACACAAUUGGAAACCUUUGACUGUCUGUUUUUGUUUUUAGAAAAGAAGUGUUAUUUUCAGAUAUUGAUACAUACUCUAAGCCAAAUUAUUGAUAGCAGCAUCUUACCAGAAAAGGCCGGAUCAGUGCAUCUUUACCUGAAAAUUUUGACUCGGUCUCUUUACAGACGGCUCAGUUAGUUACACAACCAAAUGAAACCCGGAAGUGCUUACAUCGUGUUCCAUUGAUUAACCUCAUACAAAAAUCAUCCACUGUCAACAGAUUAUGUGCUGUGCUCACUCAUCUCUCUUUCUAUCUCUCUCUCUCACACUCUCUCAAUUUUUCACCCUCUCUCGUGUCUCUGUGUCCAUCCCCUUUGUCUUUCUCUCUCUCCCCCUCUCCCCCCCCUUCUCUCACUCUCUGAUUGUACUCUCAGAAUGGAUUAGUAAUUCCCCCUGAGCUCACAGCACCAAAUUGAAAUGAUCCUCUGAGUAAUGACAUGUAUUAUAUUUUAUUAUUAUUUCACGCGAUUGGUAAUUACUGAGCUGAGGGCUCUGUGCUGAGCCCUUCAUUAGCUCCAGGUGCAUCUCAAACUGCAGAGGUGCUCUUUUCCGUUUGCAUUAUGGCCGACUUUUGCAAUCAUGUAGCAACUCUAAUGGGAUUUUACCCACAUGAAGUGAAUUAACUUAUCAGUGUUUCCAUCGUAAUGAUAAUAUAGCUCCACGUGUAACUCCCUCUUGUCUAUGUCGUAAUGAAAUGGUGCAGUACAUUGUAUAUUAUGGCCCACAGGAAAAAAAGCCCUAAAGAUCACUAAAGAUACUCAGCUAAGGGAUUGCACAAGAAAGUGGAAUUUAACAUCACCAUGAAUAUUCAUCCUACUACUUUUAUUUCACUAUAAAAAGUAAUAGACAUUAAAAUAUGUUUUGUGCAAUGUGCCCAGGAUAAUUUUGUUUUAUUGAGGAGUGAUCUAAUAAAGUAAUUACAGCUUUCUUCUUUGUGCAUUAUAAGUUUGGUGAAUGUAAAUUACAUUAUGUCCACAAUAAUGUGACAGUUCAGUGAAGUUAAAACAAGUGAAUCAAGGCGUCGUUCACACCACACUCCAAAUUGUAUGAGAUUUGAAGGAAGAUUUGGCUUUUGGUCUUUAAAUCAUGUAAUAAAUGCAGUUUUCUCCUGGAUGGUGUAGCACUAAGAUUAGGGUUUUCUAUGCAAUUCCAGAUAUUUUUGACUCAGUACAGUUUAUUUAUCUUUUUUUUUUGUUUGUUUGUUUGUUUGUUUUCUUUACACUGGGUUCUCCCACCAGUCCAUAUAUCUGAUAGGAGCAUUGUGUAACUUUUCUGGUAGACGGUUCAUCACCUGCUUGUUUCUAUAGAUAAGUCAUUGCUCUGCUGGGAAUGUUCCACAGUAUGACAUUAAACAGCUCUAACUUACAUUUAUUCAGUUCCAUGUGGUUUUAUAGCUCAGAAAUACCUAGAAAAACAUGCAUUCUGACUGUGAGCGGGGUCGCCUCUUCACAGAUUUGACCUGUAACUUGGUCUGGUUUGAUCUCCAUGGAUAUGAAAAGUUUAUUACAUACUUUGAAACAUUCCAAACAAACAAAGCAUUUGAUGGACCCUUCACCAGAAAAGUUACACAGUGCACCUUGAUUUAUGUUACUACCAAUCUGUUUGAUAAGAAUAACAUUAGCUUUUUUAACAGACCUUGUCAGAAAUGAGCUGAGGAGUUAAGCACCUGAUGUGAACCUGGUUGAAUGGUGUUUUUGUAAGUUGUUUUGAUAAAAGGACUGCUCUUGUAAUUCUUAUGAAGAGACGGGGCUCAGGAAUGUGUCAUAACAAUUCAUUGUAGAGAAAAGCAAUAACAUCCAAGGCCUUUUACAUAAUUGUUCAUCAUUCUCACAAGUGCCCUUACGAAUUACAGAGAUGAUCUGGUGUACAGGUAUCACAAAGUUGGAGUUUUUAAAAUACAUUUUCUAUCUCAAGACACUGGAAGUUAUUUGUUUGUCCUGUCUUGUUACAAUGAAAACCACAUGAGAAAUCACUGUUUUGCUUUGAUUGUCACUAUGUUGAAAAUAUAACCCAAAGUUGCAGGUGUCUUCUUUCAACCAGAACCUAGUUUUUGGUUUUGAAAUGAAAUUGGCCUGUUAUUUAUCUAAGCACGUUCUUGUGUAGUUGUUUGGAACAGCAUUUUCCAAUUUGCGAAAAGAAAAAUCUCUACUUUGAUUUGAAUUAUGGAUUAUUAUUCACCUUAAAUUUGUAACUAACAUUUUUUUUUUUUUCUGUUCACCAAGAGUAUGCAUUUUAUUGACUUUUUAUGUCCUUAUCCACUCACCACCUGUCACUCUGAGCACUUGUGUGAGUUAAAAUAUUUUUUAUAAUGUUUUUGUAUAUUUUCUAUUUUUAUUAAUACAAAUACAUGGAUACUUUGCACAAGUUUACAAACUGUGUAUGUUGAAGGAUGCACAAUUAAAAAGGACUAUUUCCUUUUGGGCACAUUUAUAAAUGCAAAUUAAGAAUGAAGGAACCAUUAUUGCCUGAUUCAUCUUGUGUAAAUGACGGUAUAUGUUGUUCUAUUUUUAAGUAAUAAAAAACAA